AUGCACGCGGCUACAAACCCAUUGAGGGGCCGGUCUCUCCGAGUCCCCCGCGCUGUUCUUUCCGCUCAAACGCCGUUGUAUUUGGAUUUCCUUGCCCCAAUCACCCUUCGCCACUCCUCUCGCCGAUGUUUCUUUUUCAGCGCAAAGGCUUCAUCAAAGGACACCCCAGAGCCUUUGAAACCCGCCGAGACAAAACAAUCUUCGUCUAUAAAGCCUCGAUAUGUUCUUUCGCGUGCACAAAGAGAGUAUCUUGAUCGCGCACUGCGAGUGAACCAAGCCGGCGAACUCGCCGCGACCUUGAUCUAUGCCGCACAAAAAACGCCCAUUGUACGGUCGCAUCCCCAUCUACGACCGUUGAUGAAGCACAUGUAUGACCAAGAAGCUGUACAUUUUGCCAAUUUCAAUCACUUGUUAGCGAAACAUCAAGUGCGACCCACGGCCAUGUAUCCAAUUUGGGAAGUUGCUGCUACGUUUCUAGGUUGGUCGACAGCGGUAAUGGGACGGGAGGCUGCAAUGGCAUGUACAGAGGCAGUGGAGACGGAAAUCGGCACGCAUUACAAUGAACAGGUCACCACAAUCACGGGAUGGAUGAAGGAAGCCGAACAACGCGGAGAGGAGGUGGAUGAAGAACUCACAGAUCUUUUGGCGCUGUUAAGAAAAACACGCGAUGAGGAGCUGGAGCAUCUGGACCAUGCUGUUGAGAACGACUCCAAGGAAGCGAAGCCAUAUGAUCCUUUGGUGAAUAUUAUUCGAACCGGAUGCAGGGCAGCAAUCAACAUCAGCGAGAGAGUCUAG